GCGGGGCGCAGGCGGCGCCGCGGCCGGGAGGGGACGGGGACGGGGGCGCACGACAGCCCCCGCGCGCGCUCCCGGCCGGGCGCGUCCACACAAUGCCGGGCGCGCUGGCUGGAGGGCCGCGCCGGGAGCCGCCCGCCGGCCCGCGGGGCUCAGGGCGCGAGUGUGCGCGGGGGACGGACCGCGCGCGGGACACAAAAGGGAAUGGACGCGCGGGGGCGGCGGGCGGGGAGCCGCGGCCCCACCGAAGGGACCCCCGGCCGCCGAGCGGCCUCUACGUCAGCGCCCCGGGUGGCGCCGCCUCCGCCCGCCGGCCUGGGCCGCCGCUCCCGCCGCGGGGAAGGCGGGCUGGGGAACCCUGCGGGGGAGAAGGAUCCCGCGGACUUCCCUGAUGCUCAGCCCCAGAGGAAGAGGACAGAAGCCCGGGCGGGGAGUGCGCUGGCACGGGCGGGUCAGCUCUGUCAAGAGAGAGCUCCCUGGCAUUUGAGCCCCCCAGGCCCGUGACCUAAGGGGCGAGGAGUACGGGAACCCUGGCCCCCGUGUCCAGGGAGCUGAGCCCCCACGGUGGGGAGGAGAAGCGGAGGUGCGCUCUGAGUGGUCACUUGCACCCUUUCUAGAGGCCUUCCCUGCCCCGCCAGCGCUGCAUCCUUGGGGCAUCCGCGCUGGGCGGGGGCCACAUCCCUGCCCGCCCUUCCUCCCUCACCGUCUUUCUCUCCCCAUCCUCCCUCAGCAAAAUCCGCAUCAUGCUGGGAAAUGCGGGCCACCCCUGCUCGGAAUUCCAGAAUCUUGGGAAGGAAAACCUGGCCCAGUCUCCUAGCAGCAUCCAUGACAAGGCUCCUUAGCCCCUCGGCCCCUCACCAUCACCGCCCACUAGCAGCUGCCAAGGGGCUGUUUGCUCCAGGGCAGGCGGCUCAAUUAAGGUCCUUACUCCAACUGAGCAAAAAUCCGCCCUCACAGUCAGCCACCCACCCCCAACAAGUGACCCCGUGGAUACAGACUCAGGGCAGUGCCCAAAGAACUGGGCACUGGGGAAGGAGACAGAGGAAGAAGUAGCUGGCCACAGAGGGAGAGGAAAGAGCAGAAGACCCCCAGCUCCCACACCUCUGGGCUGGCCAGGAUGGCCUGCAAUAGACCUUCCUACCUGAAUUCCGGUUGUCACUGGUUGCCUUCCUCCUGGGUGAAAG